GAACCAGAUUUGCGCAUGCGCACUUAGCAGACACAACACAUCCAGGUUGCUCGGUGCGGGUGGAGACUGGACCUGAAGUGCUACGGACAAGUGUGUACUGUACUGUAGUUCGAGCUGAAGGGCUGAAAGCUUGCAAGAAGUAUCAUGGCUGCAAGGCUCUGUGGAGUCCUUGUCCUUCUCACGUUGCUCAGUGGAUUGAAUGCAUCAAGACCAGCUGUAAACCAAGAACUGUCCAAUAUUUUCAAUGAGCUGUGGAGCUUGGAUGUGAAUCGCUUGACUCCUGGGAUAGACUACACAAUCUCUGUUCAGGGCAGAGCCAGUUUUGUAAACCAGGGCACCCAUGUGGUACGGGAUCAUGCCUCACAGCCUCUGUUCUCCAACGUUAAUGAGGACAAACUGAAGAACACAACGUCCUUCUCCCGAUUCAUCAGACUGUUGGAUAACUAUGAGCGGUCCGUAGGUGUGGCCGAACGAGUCACAACAGAGGAGCUGACAGAGAUUAAUCUCUUCCUGGAUGCCGUCUUAGAGACAGAAGUCAUGAAGCGGGCUCAUCGGUACCUGGUGAGCAAAGGGAAGUCCAACUCUAAUCUGAGACUGUUUAAGAGUCAACUGCACUUGAUCUGGUUCCACCUCUACCACCGACAGAGAAACACAGGCCUGGACUCCAGCGGAUUUGAGCAUGUCUUUGUUGGAGAAACUAAAUCUGGAUCAGAAAUCAUUGGUUUUCACAACUGGCUCCAGUUCUACCUGCAAGAAAAAGGCCUGCACUUGGACUACAAAGGAUACAAGGCCAGGGACCACGACUUACCUGAUCAAGACGACCACGUUCUGAACCUCCAGUUCAGCUGGCACGGUUUGGUGAAGCCCGUUGGCAGCGCCUUCAUUGGGACCAGCCCUGAGUUUGAGAUGGCACUCUUCACCAUCGUCUUCCUCUUGAACACAGAGAGGAGCACCACAGUGCUGGUCAACAUCGACCAGUGUCAGAUGGAGCUGGUGGUCAUCAGGCAUGGACGCUCCCUCGGGACGGCGUACCCCAAACUGCUCAGCAGCAACAGCAGACAUCUUAGGCAGCAGUCGCACUGACGUGGAGGAUCCUCAGAUACAAAGUGAUACUCACGUCCUUACAGUGCAGGACACAGACGUGUACAUGUCUGUGAUUCUAUUAGGAUGACUGUAAACCUGAUUUAGCAAUCGAUGCUUCUUAAAGUCAAAUAAGUGAUGCAUUUAUGUCCUCAACAAAUUUAAAAUGACUUUCAUGUAACCUUUGUAUUACAUUUAUAUUACUUCUUUAAAGAAAAGUUGUGAGUAUAUGGAAGUGCUUCAGUGAAAGUGUCAAUAAAAACAAUGAAGUACUCACUA